AUGGCCCAGAAGUACGCCAAAGACCAGCCGUCUGGCUUCGCUAACCGCAUCGAGCGUGUCGCCAUCGUCGGCGCCGGCGGCACGGUAGGCAAAUACAUCACCCAGGAACUCCUCCAGACAGGCCAACACACCAUAACCGCGCUCACGCGCGCAGACAGCAAAAACACCCUCCCCGCGGGCGUCCUCACCGUCACUGUCGACUACAAUGACGAGUCUACUCUGGUUGCAGCCCUGCAAAACCAGCAGUUCCUCAUUAUUACGAUGAACGUCACUGCGCCAAAGGACACGCAGAGCAAGCUUAUCCAGGCUGCUGCGAAAGCGGGGGUCCCGUACGUGAUGCCGAACUGCUACGGCUGCGAUAUCACGAAUGAGAAACUGCGGAAGGAGAUGCUGGGCGGGGAGCCGGUGCGGCAGGCUUGUGCCGAGAUCGAAGCAACUGGUGUCUCGGCGUGGGUGGCGCUGGUUUGUGGCUUCUGGUACGAGUUUAGCUUGUCGACUGGGCCGGAGUGGUUUGGGUUUGACUUCAAGGAGAAGAAGGUUACGUUUUAUGAUGAGGGAACGGUCAAGAUUAAUGUGAGUACGUGGGAGCAGUGCGGGCGGGCUGUUGCGGCUUUCUUAAAGUUCAAGGAGUUGCCGGAGGAUGAGAAUGAUAAGAGCCCCACGGUGAGUGGCUGGGCGAACAGGCCACUGUUCAUCUCGAGCUUCCUGGUCAGCCAGAGGGAUAUGUUUGAGAGCUGGAAGAGGGUUACCGGGGAUAAGGAGGAGGAUUGGACGAUUGAGUAUGAACCCAGCGCUGAGCGGUAUCAGCGGGGUAUUGAGAGGAUGCAAAAGGGUGAUCGUUACGGCUUUGCGCAGGCCAUGUAUGCGCGGGUCUUUUAUCCGAAUGGAGGCGGUGACUAUGAGAGCAGUCGGGGGCUGGAUAAUGAUGUGCUUGGACUGCCUAAGGAGGAUCUCGAUGAGCGGACCAAGCAUGCGAAGGAGAUGUUUGAGGCAGGUUAUUCUUACUUUUGA